AUGAAGACUGCUCUGGCCGUGCUGCUGCUCAUCUCUCUGCUCUGCCACAGCCACGCCCUUAAAUGUCACACAUGCGUGGCGUCCAAUGACGAAGACUGCAACCGCCAGGGCUCCACCUCCUGCCCUCAGUACGCUGAUGCCUGCUCCACCAUCACAGGAACCAACACCGUGAUGAAGUCGUGCACGUACAAAGCUUUCUGUGACAAGGCUCACGGCGCCGGCUCCGGAGCCAAGAUAGAAUGCUGUUUCAACGACGACUGUAACGGGCCCCACCGGAGCCACAGUCACGGUUAUCACCGCAACAGCGCCGGGGCUCUGGGCUCAAGCCCUGUCCUGCUGAUCACGGCCCUGCUGCUGCGUGUGGCCGUCAGUCAGCUGUAA